AGAAAAUGUCGCUAAAUUAACGUUAGUUGUGAAAACGGAAGAAGGAAGACUCUGUUGUGCGAUUGUUUUUCAGGGACGUAACCAUGGCGACCGCCACUAAAACCCCCCCAGGUGCAGAUCCCAAGCAGCUGGAGCGCACGGGUACCGUCCGAGAGAUCGGAUCACAAGCCGUGUGGUCGCUGUCCUCGUGCAAGCCAGGGUUUGGAGUCGACCAGUUGAGAGAUGAUAAUCUGGAGACGUACUGGCAGUCUGAUGGCUCUCAGCCACAUCUAGUGAACAUUCAGUUCAGGAGAAAAACCACUGUGAAAAUGCUGUGUAUUUAUGCCGAUUAUAAAUCGGAUGAGAGCUACACUCCCAGCAAGAUCUCGGUCCGAGUGGGAAACAACUUCCACAACUUGCAGGAGAUUCGGGUCAGAAACACAGAUCACGUCACAGUCAUAAUCUAUGUUUGUGGUGGCUGUUGUGGAGGUUAG